UGUGAGGAGGAGGCUGUUCGGUCAAGUGAGCAAGAGUUGUGCUGUGUUUGCAAACGUUUUGGAAACGAAUAUAUUCAUUCAGUCGAUAAGCAGACGAAGAGGAAGCAUAAACAUCCUCUCUCAAUUUCUUGGAUGUGGGUAAAAAUAUUGAUACAGACGCUGUGAAGGAGGCCUCACCUGUUGGAUUUGACUUGGUUGACAGUAACAUCAGAAGUGGAGUGUGAGGAGUGAACAAAAUCAUGGUCCCUCGUCUGUGAGAGACAGGGACAGGUCAGGCUACCCAUCAUCAUGUCUAUUCAAGAGUGUCCAGAGAGCCCAAUGCUGGAGGGUAAGGAAGGCAGAGGGGUGGAGAGAGAUUCGGACAGAGACAGUGCAGUAGACAGUGCUUCAGAGAUAUCAGAUGGAGGGAGAACUGGAGAAAAAGAGGAAGGGAUUGGGCUUUGCCUCCCAAGAGAAAAGGGUGAUCUGAUGCAUAAUCAUUUUGAGAUUUCUGAUCAGUCUGCACUUUCAUCUGCCUCAUUAAAUGAAGAGCAGUUUGAGGACUAUGGAGAAGGUGAGGAUGGAGACUGUACUACAAGUAGCCCCUGUCCAGAUGAUGAGAUCCGCAUUAAUGGAUGCUCAGAUCUGGGGUCUUCAGUUUCCUCCAGUGCUGGUCAAACUCCUCGAAAGAUCCACCAUGUGGAUGACCAAAUGGAGGUGUUUUGCUCUCAGUGUUGUAAAAGGGUCAGUCUGCUCAGUGACCUGGAGAACAGGCUGAAAAAUCUCAAAACCAGCAGUCCAAACAGAAAGAUCUCCAGUACUGCAUUUGGAAGGAAGCUGCUUCACAAUAGUAACAUCAGCAGUAGUAAUGGCAGCACAGAAGAUUUGUUUCAUGAUAGCACUGACUCCAGUGAUCUAGACAUUACAGAGAAGGUAAGUUACUUGGACAAGAAAGUGACAGAGCUGGAAAAUGAGAUUCUGAUGAGCGGGGAUGUAAAAACCAAGCUGAAACAGGAAAAUAUCCAGUUGGUCCACAGGAUCCAUGAGCUGGAGGAGCAGCUUAAAGACCAGGAGACCAGAGCAGAGAAAAUCAUGGAAGAUGAGCUUAGGAGACACAGAGAUGCCUACAUUCGACUGGAGAAAGACAAAAACACUCAGAUAGAGCUGCUCAGAAACCGAUUACAUCAACUAGAGGACGAAAAUGGAAAGAUGGCAAUGAAUAUGAACAGACUAAAAUCUCAGACCGAGAAACUGGAUGAGGAGAAGCAGAGGAUGACUGAUAAGCUGGAGGACACAAGCCUGCGGUUGAAGGAUGAGAUGGACCUGUACAAGAAGAUGAUGGACAAGCUACGGCAAAACAGACAGGAAUUUCAAAGGGAAAGAGAUACCAUGCAGGAACUCAUCGAGGAUCUUCGGCGAGAGCUGGAGCACCUUCAGUUAUACAAGCUGGAGGCAGAACGAGCGGGACGUGGUCGCAGAUCUUCCAUUAGCCUAUCUGAAUACAGCAGCCGAACACGUGAGAGUGAGUUGGAACAGGAGGUCAGGAGACUCAAACAGGAGAACCAGAAACUGAGGGAACAGAAUGAAGAUCUAAAUGGUCAACUUCUCAGUCUGAGUCUCCAUGAGGCCAAGAACCUGUUUGCCACACAAACAAAAGCACAGUCUCUGGCUAUGGAGAUUGAUCAUGCAUCCCGUGACCAGUUAUUGGAAGCCCUCAAGCAACAAGAGGAGAUAAACCUCCGUCUCAGGCAAUACAUGGACAAGAUCAUUUUGUCAAUUUUGGACCACAAUCCAUCUAUUCUGGAAAUUAAAAACUAAACGUGUGUUAUGAACUGUUUAAAAGCAGCCAUGGACAUAGAGCUCCUCCCAAGGAAGGAAAUGAUCUCCAAUGCCUCUGAUUGCACAGUAACUACAAUGUGAUGGUGUUUGUGCACCUUUUCCACAUUACAAAAAUGAAAGAAAAUGUAUAUACAGUGAUGAAAUAUUUCAAGCACUUUUAAGGGGCAUUUUUGCUGCUC